CGGAAUGGGAAAGAAAUUGAAUUAGCAAAGGUCCGGCAGAUCCCCUUACACAAGGAAGGCCGGCACUGACAGUCAGAGCUGUUGUCGUUAUCCGGAAGCCCUAAAAGAAGAUGUCACACUCACCUGGAUCAGAGGAAAAGAGUGACUAUGGGGCCAACUCAGGAGAUGAUGGUUUUUCUUCCCCCAAUCCCUCAGCUGCUGCUGCUGCUGCUGCUCAAGAGGUCAGAUCUGCCACUGAUGCUAAUACCAGCACCACUCCGCCCACCUCUGCCAAGAAGAGAAAGUUAAACAGCAGCAGCAGUAGCGGCAGUAACAGUAGUAACGAGAGAGAAGACUUUGAUCCCACCUCUUCCACUCCUUUACAACCCAGGGAUUCGGCUUCCCCUUCAACCUCGUCCUUCUGCCUGGGGGUUUCCGUGGCUGCUUCCAGCCACGUACCAAUACAGAAGAAGCUGCGUUUUGAAGACACCCUGGAGUUUGUAGGGUUUGAUGCGAAGAUGGCUGAGGAAUCAUCCUCCUCCUCCUCAUCACCAACUGCUGCAACAUCUCAGCAGCAGCAAUUUAAAAAUAAGAGUAUAUUAAUCUCUUCUGUGACUUCGGUGCAUCAUGCAAACGGCCUAGCCAAAUCUUCUACCACCGCCUCUAGCUUUGCUAACAGCAAGCCUGGUUCUGCUAAGAAGUUAGUGAUCAAGAACUUUAAAGAUAAACCUAAGUUACCAGAAAACUACACAGAUGAAACAUGGCAGAAACUGAAAGAAGCAGUGGAAGCUAUUCAGAAUAGUACUUCAAUUAAGUACAAUUUAGAAGAGCUCUACCAGGCUGUAGAAAAUCUCUGUUCUUACAAGAUUUCUGCGAACUUGUAUAAACAACUGAGACAGAUUUGUGAAGAUCAUAUCAAAGCACAAAUUCACCAAUUCAGAGAGGAUUCAUUGGAUAGUGUUCUCUUUCUAAACAAGAUCAAUAGAUGCUGGCAAAACCAUUGUAGACAAAUGAUCAUGAUCAGAAGCAUUUUUUUGUUUCUGGAUAGAACUUACGUUCUUCAGAAUUCAAUGCUACCCUCCAUUUGGGACAUGGGACUGGAGUUAUUUAGGGCUCAUAUUAUAAGUGAUCAGAAAGUCCAGAAUAAGACAAUUGAUGGCAUCCUUCUCUUGAUUGAGAGGGAAAGGAAUGGUGAAGCAAUUGAUAGAAGUUUACUCCGAAGUCUUUUAAGCAUGCUUUCUGAUUUGCAAAUUUAUCAAGAUUCUUUUGAACAACGAUUUUUGGAAGAAACUAACCGGCUCUAUGCAGCUGAAGGCCAAAAGUUAAUGCAAGAAAGAGAGGUUCCUGAAUAUCUUCAUCAUGUUAACAAACGUCUAGAUGAAGAAGCAGACAGACUUAUUACUUACUUAGAUCAGACUACCCAGAAAUCAUUAAUUGCUACUGUAGAAAAACAACUUCUAGGUGAACAUUUAACAGCAAUUCUUCAAAAAGGUUUAAAUAACCUCCUUGAUGAGAACCGAAUUCAAGAUUUAUCUCUCCUGUAUCAGCUCUUCAGCAGAGUUCGAGGUGGAGUUCAGGUUCUCUUGCAACAGUGGAUUGAAUACAUAAAGGCAUUUGGGAGCACUAUUGUUAUUAAUCCCGAAAAAGAUAAGACUAUGGUUCAAGAAUUGCUAGAUUUUAAAGAUAAAGUUGACCAUAUAAUUGAUAUCUGCUUUCUGAAGAAUGAAAAAUUUAUCAAUGCUAUGAAAGAAGCGUUUGAAACAUUCAUUAACAAAAGACCAAAUAAACCUGCUGAACUUAUAGCUAAGUAUGUAGAUUCAAAACUUCGUGCAGGCAACAAAGAAGCUACAGAUGAAGAACUUGAGAAAAUGUUGGAUAAAAUUAUGAUCAUAUUUAGAUUUAUCUAUGGCAAGGAUGUUUUUGAGGCCUUCUAUAAGAAAGAUUUAGCCAAGCGCUUGUUAGUUGGGAAGAGUGCAUCUGUAGAUGCUGAAAAGUCAAUGCUGUCCAAACUUAAACAUGAAUGUGGAGCUGCUUUCACCAGCAAACUUGAAGGAAUGUUUAAAGACAUGGAACUUUCUAAAGACAUCAUGAUUCAGUUCAAACAGGUAAAAUAUAUGCAGAAUCAGAAUGUACCUGGGAAUAUUGAAUUAACUGUGAAUAUCCUGACAAUGGGUUAUUGGCCAACAUACGUGCCUAUGGAAGUUCAUUUGCCACCAGAGAUGGUAAAACUUCAGGAAAUUUUCAAGACAUUUUAUCUAGGCAAACAUAGUGGCAGGAAACUUCAGUGGCAAUCAACCCUAGGACACUGUGUGCUAAAAGCAGAAUUUAAAGAGGGUAAAAAAGAACUCCAGGUCUCUCUUUUUCAAACACUGGUGCUGCUUAUGUUUAAUGAGGGAGAGGAGUUCAGUUUAGAAGAGAUCAAGCAAGCUACUGGAAUAGAGGAUGGAGAGUUAAGGAGAACAUUGCAAUCAUUAGCCUGUGGCAAAGCUAGAGUUCUGGCCAAAAAUCCAAAGGGCAAAGAUAUUGAAGAUGGUGACAAAUUCAUUUGUAAUGAUGAUUUCAAACACAAACUUUUCAGGAUAAAGAUCAAUCAAAUCCAAAUGAAAGAAACGGUUGAAGAACAAGCAAGCACUACAGAAAGAGUAUUUCAAGAUAGACAGUAUCAAAUUGAUGCUGCAAUUGUUCGAAUUAUGAAAAUGAGAAAGACACUUAGCCACAAUCUCCUUGUUUCAGAAGUAUAUAACCAGUUAAAAUUUCCGGUAAAGCCUGCUGAUCUUAAGAAGAGAAUAGAAUCCUUAAUUGACCGGGACUACAUGGAAAGAGAUAAAGAAAAUCCAAACCAGUAUAAUUACAUUGCAUAGAAUGUUGGCCUUGAAGCAUUUGGUAUCAUAUCCACUAGCCAGUGGAUAAACUAACCUGUUGAUUCUGUGUUAUUUGACUUCUUUUUUACUACCGAUGACCAAAUGAAGCAGUAUAAUGGAAAUAGUUGAGUGGACUUUUUCUCAGUGGUUAACAUGCCCAUUUUAAAGAGUAAUACUUACCCUUAAGACGAAUGUUGUCGAACUCUUUGCAUGUUACUUAAUAUGAUGUGCAGAAACUCUUAAGAAAGUACCGGUCUUCAUGAUUCCAUUUUGGAACUAGGGAAGACGUUCCCAUGACUAUUAAAGGGAGGGAGUUCUUAUACAUCAUUACUUAUGAAGCAGAAAAUUUAUUUGCUUAAAGUGUCAUUUGAAGAUACUUAAAACUGCAUGCAAACUUUAUUUACUGUACAGAGUUCUGGAUGUAUUUAUCAAAUAGAGAAACCACCCUGGACUUGGUUGUUCACCUGUUUUGUGAUUUUCCUUUGGAAGAAAAUUGAGUUGUCAUAGUUAUUGAUAUUUUAUUAGGCAGUGUUCUCUUACACUGAAAGGGAUGUUUUUUAAAAAAAUUAUUUGGAAACAAAUUUUCAAUUAAGGUAACAGUUGCUGUAUAAUAUCUUAUAUAUUCACAUCCUAAAAUUUUGCAUUUGUGAAUAUGGGAUGUAUGUAUAUGGCUUAGCCCCGAGUUUACCGUGCAGAUUAACAGGUACUUAUAAAACUAGCUAAAAUAGAAAACUUGCUGAUCAUUUGUGCUAAGCAUUGUACAUGGUAAAAGAAAAUCCAACUCUUCAUAUUAAAUACUAGUACAGUGUGAUAAUUGCAAGAGAGACCAAAAUCAACGUGUUUUUAAAAUUAUUACAGGAACAAAAAUACAUCAACUAUUUUUCAACAUGCUUUAAAUUUUAAGUGUUGUUUGGACAGUUCUAGCUUUAACUUGGACCAAUAUAGAUUGUUAGCAUUCCUUUCUUCUCUACCAGAGUUUUCUUUUGGAAGCAUCACAAAUCUUCUUUGUUGAUAAAUGAGCCAUUACUAUCGUUCUUGUUCUAAUUCUCUAAAACCCUAGAUAUAAAGGUCUUCCCUCAUUUUCUCCACAUACUUUUGAGGAGUUUCAAGUUCUAUUUCUUUCAAAAUUGCUUGAAGUUAGGAGUUCUCAUAGCCACUGGACAUCUACUUUUCAGGGGAAUGUUCUGUGAUUGUUCAUACAUAGAAAAUUUCAAAAGUAUUGUUCUUCACAUCAAUAUUCUGAGCAGAAGGCUUAAUCAGGAGUGGGUUUUUCUUUGACUUGUUUCUUUUUCCUUGAAGGGAUUUGAUCCUGUAGGAAAUGCAGAAACUUUUGGUUUAUUUUUUAAAAAUUAGAACUUCUUUAAUGCUUCUUGCAACUCAUAUUUCCUUGCCUAUUUAGAGCCAUUUAAGAAGAAUGCCUUGGUCCUGAUCUUCAACUGAGGAGACUUGGGACUCUCCUGUCCCCUAUUGAUUGUUUUCUUGAGUUCUCAAGGGCCUGUGGCCAACCCUAUUUAUCGAUCUGUUUAUCUGUCUAUCUUAAAGUCACCUGUUUCUCUCUAAUUGCAUCAUCUUGCACACUGAUGUCUAACUAUAUAGUAUUUAGAACUCUUUUCACAUUCUUUUUGAACAGUCAUUGCCUAUAAUUUCUCAGCUUUUCCUUGGUUUCCUUAUUAGGAGCUCAUCUGGCAAGGAAAUGCAGCUAGCUUGUCCUCUCUCCAUACUGGACCAUCUACAUCAGUAUUCUAACUCUUCCCUGAUGGUCUCUGACAUCUGCAGACUAUUACGCCAGACUCAGUAGUUACUCUUAAGCAAUUUUUAGGUGGAGUUGGUCCUAUUAGGAAGAGACUCUUGAUGUCAGCUUCCUUAUCCUCAAAGGGGGUUCCUUCCCUUGAAGUUUUUUAAAUCUUUGAAAACUUGAUACUGUUUCAGCUGAAAAAUUAGCAAGAUUAUUAAAUAAGUUAAGAGGAGCUAUUUAAGAUGCUGAAGAGUAGUUACAAACUACAUUGGAUAAUUGUGACUUUCAGUUCUGUAUCAGUUUAAUUUUUAUGCUCUUUUCCCUGUGUACAUGGUGGUUCUAUUUUUCUUCAAUAAAACUUUUAUUCAAAAAAGA